CAAUCCAUUGUUUUAAGGUUUUAAGAAACUCAAAGGCAACCUAAGAUCUCCUGAAGAUUAGACACAGUUUGUCCUGUACUAGUUCCUAUCUUUACACAAGAUUUCCAUACUUAUUAAGAAGACAUUCGUGUUCGGGAUUGUCAAGAUGGACAAGGUGACAAGAUUGGCUUCAGAGAAUGGGAUAGUGAUAUUCAGCAAAAGCUCAUGUUGCAUGUGUUAUGCAGUCAAAAUUCUAUUUUCUGAGCUCAGGGUGAGCCCCACGGUUCAUGAGAUUGACCAAGACCCUGAAUGCAGGGAAAUGGAGAAAGCUCUCAUGGGGUUGGGUUGUAAUGCAUCUGUGCCAGCUGUAUUCAUUGGAGGAACGCUGGUAGGAUCCACCAAUGAAGUCAUGUCCCUCCAUUUAAAAGGCUCGUUGAUUCCAUUACUGAAGCCUUAUGAAGAUUUAUCUUAGAUUUACUACUCCAAUAGCUUGUCAGAACAAUAAAUUUGGCUCAAACUAGUAGUGCAUCAAGCGCCAUAUGGAAUGUAUUUGUAGCGUUUAUGCGUGAAGUACUGUGUAGCAUUUGAUUACCUAUAGUGUGUAAUAUGUUUCCUAUUCUUAAUGAAGUUGACUUUUAAAUA